CAGCCCCACGCAACCGGGGGGCUUGCGAGCAGUGUGACCGCACAUGGUCAGACCAGCCCUGGCCGAUGGCCCGUAUGAAACCUCCGGGCCCGGCCUGUCUCUCGUUGAAUGAAGUCGGGUUCCGUCGUAACUUGACUGCCGCGCUUGUUGAUUGUUGACACCAUCGCUCAGCUUGCGCAUCGCUCCGCAAAAAUGCCCUUCGAUACGGAGCUUACUCGCCGGCUCGGCAUCGCAGUCCCUGUUGUGCAAGGCGGCAUGCAGCAUGUGGGAACUGCCCAGUUGGCGAGCGCUGUGUCCAACGCGGGCGGUCUGGGCAUCAUCACAUCACUCAUUUGGCCCGAGCCGGAGGGUUUCCGCCAAGAGAUCCGGAAGUGCAAGAAGUUGACGAACAAGCCAUUCGGCAUCAACAUAACCUUGCUCCCGGCACUGGUACCCCCUGACUAUGACGCCUACGCCCAGGUCGCUAUCGAUGAGGGCAUCAAGAUCGUCGAGACGGCCGGCAACUCGCCGGGGCCUAUCAUCGCCAAGCUCAAGAAGGCCGGCUGCAUAGUCCUGCACAAGUGCACCACCAUCAGGCACGCGCAGUCUGCUGUGAAGCUCGGCGUUGACUUCUUGAGCAUCGACGGGUUUGAGUGCGCAGGCCACGUGGGCGAGUCGGACAUCACCAACUUCAUCCUCCUGAGCCGGGCGCGGCAGACGCUCAAGGUCCCCUUCAUCGCCUCGGGCGGGUUCGCCGACGGGCAGGGCCUCGCGGCGGCGCUGUGCCUGGGCGCGUGCGGCAUCAACAUGGGCACGCGCUUCCUCUGCACGGUGGAAAGCCCGAUCCACCACAACAUCAAGGAGCAGAUCGUCAAGGCACAGGAGACGGACACGACGCUGCUGCUGCGGCGCUGGCGCAACACGACCCGCCUGUACCGCAACCGGAUCACCGAGCAGGCGCUCAAGGUCGAGCGCGAGAGCCCGACGGGCGAGUUCGCCGAGAUCGCGCCCUACGUCAGCGGCAAGCGCGGGCGCGAGGUGUUCGUCAACGGCGACCCCGAGUACGGCGUCUGGACGGCCGGCCAGGUCAUCGGCCUGAUCCACGACAUCCCGACCUGCCGGGAGCUGGUGGCGAGGAUCGAGAAGGAGGCCGAAGAGACGCUGAGGCGGACGACGGGGCUGUGGACUCCUUCGCCAAAGCUGUGAUUUUUUUUUCUUGAGUUUAUAGACCUGGGCAGGCCUUGUCUUUUUCUCUGCUUGUUUUUCUGCUAGCACAGCAAUCUUGGCUUCUGGCUUCUCGGACUCUCGAAUUUCUC